CCUUUUCUCUGCAACCCCUUUUUAUUAAAUUUUUAUUUCAAUCCUCUAUAUGAUUUUUAUUUUUUUAAAUUAAAGAUUCAGUUUUUUGUCUUGCAGAUUAAAAAAAGAAGGCGAUUUUGAUUUUCAGUAAGUUGAGCUAUGGGGAAGAGGAAGUCAAAGUCAAAGCCACCUCCAAAGAAGAGGAUGGACAAACUUGAUACUGUUUUCAGCUGUCCUUUCUGUAGCCAUGGCACCAGUGUGGAAUGUCGCAUUGAUAUGAAAAACUUGAUUGGCGAGGCAAAUUGCAGGAUCUGCCAAGAGAGCUUCAGCACCACUGUCACAGCACUAACGGAGCCCAUUGAUAUAUACAGUGAAUGGAUCGACGAGUGUGAACGAGUCAACAACUACGAAGAGGAAGAUGUUUCUUAUAGAUCCUAAUGAACUACUUAAGGACUGUGCAGAUGGUUAGAGUAGCCAGAAAUGUUUGAAAAGCUGCCUUAAGCUUUGUCUUCAGUUUUGGCAAUAAUUCCGCUGUCUCACUGUCUCAGAAGAACCUAAACUUAUCAAGUCCUCGUGGAGUCCCAUAAAUAGCUCCAUUUAAGAGGCUUUUUGUGUUCAAAUAGUUUGAAAUAGAUGCAGAACCUAUCUUGUUUAUAUUCUGCUUCUGCAAGUAUAGCCGUUUCUAUGAAAAUGGCUUAACGACGUAAUUACCUAAUGUCAAGUAGAUUCAUUUCUGCCUAA